AUGUCGAGUAAGAGGAAGAAACGGGAGAUGGACGACAAUGUGCCAUCUGUUAUACCUCGUACACCUUCUAAACGUAAAGCUAGUGGUGACUUUCUACGGAAAGGUCAAUGGACAUGUACAGAGGAGCGACUUACAAGGCUGUUAAUUGAAGCUUUUGAAGAAGGAAGUCUACCUAUUUACACUGGGAUUCGACUUCGUGGGUACUUAGCUGUACAGCUACAGUGUGAUCCCAUGCGCGUUUCAAAGAAACUCUGUGCCGGGACAAUUGAUGGCAAACAUGUGCCAAAAAAUUAUGGCCAAAAGAAGUUUAAACUUUGCAAAAAAUCUUUUUGGGACUCGGACAAGGCGAAAUCGCAAAUUGCACAACUUGAGAGACUGACGAAAGCUUUGUGGAGUGAAGCACAGAUGCGAAAACCUUCAUUCCUUACACUUUCAAGUACUUGUAAUAUGAACAAACGACAGGGAUCACCACCGAUUUUUUCUGCGAGAAAGUGCUUGCCGUCGUCAACACCCAAAACCAAGAAGCAAAAGGAGUUUCCUAUCAUUUAUUUAAACUUGUUUAAACUCAAACGUUAUUCAGCCGGAGACGAGAGCAGUAGCAGUGAACCUGCAUCGCCAUCCAAGGACUCCAACUCGGAGAGUGAGCCUGUAAAACUUGACGGAGAAUCGCUACAAGCGGCGUACGAUCUGCUUACCUUGUGCAGUCCACGGGGUUCUGCUAGCAAAGGCACGAGCAAGAAGGGAAAGCUUAAGAAUGGUGUCGCAAAGAAACGUGCCAUGUCGAAGGAUACGUUCAGGAAGGCAGAAUCUAACGAGGACAAGCGCAUAAAAUUAACUCGAGCCCGGUAA